AUGGAUAAGAAUCGAGAAUUUGAUUCGAAUGAUAAGGUUAAAGUUGACGCCAAAGCUGCAAACACCAACGAAAUCACUUUACCAACCGAGUGUCUCCACGAAAUAUUACUCUACUUAGUCGACGACAAAGCCACUUUAUUAGCCGCAGCGAAAAUAAAUCGAACUUGGUGUCGUCCUCUCGACUCAAUCACAAAUAAUACCUUCUCCUCUGUUAUGAAUUUCAUAACUGAAGAAGAAUUAUCUCACACUUUUAUUAAAUGUAUGAACGAUGAAGAACGCGAAGCGAUAUUUGAAUAUUUGGGGCCAACUUACCCAUCACCACUUUUCUUAUAUACUUCAUAUAUUAAAGAGCUCGACUGGAACGUUUUAAAUUAUCCCUUUACUGAUGAUAUUUACAUUGAUGACAUUGAAAGAAUCAAUUUGGAAAAGCAUAUUAAAAUAAUGAGAGGAAAUUUAAUUAUGCGAAUAAUAGCUCAGACAUGUGCACUUAUUUUCAGAACCGCUAACUUAGAAAAGUUUGUGGUUGACCUACAUAGAACUCGAGAUCCUAUACCGGCAUUUGCUAAGCUUCCGAAUGCUUUCUGUCGUCUUCUCAAAAUUGAAAGAAAUUCAGUUGCUUGGAUAUAG